AUGGAUAAGUCUAAUGGCAAUCGUAAGCACAUUCUCGACCAGGCUCAGCCCCAGGAAGGCUCCCUUGCACUCGGCCUGGCGGAGAGUUGCGGCAACAAACGCAAACUCUACGCCAUAGACGAGAGUGAAGAGAGCUCUCCCGUGACUGUGGGUAGGGCUGAACCUGUUCCGGAGACGGCUUACGAUGCGGAUGUGGAGGAGCUGGUGGAGCAGCCUGUGGCCUGCCCGCUCUCGCUGACCAAAUUGGCCAGCGAGCGUGAGGUAAUCUACGAGCUGUUCCAACCAUGGGCCCUGAAGACCUAUGGCGAUCAGGCAAAGACCAAGACAAUAACGCUGCGCAAGAAGGCGCGCAUCCUUAAGGCUCUCGAGGGCAAGGAGCACAGUCGGCCGGAUAGCUCCAAGUUUCGCUUCUGGGUGAAGACCAAGGGUUUUACAACCAAACGACCCGAUGGCUUUGAGGAGGCGCCCGGCAGUCGACGGCGCCUUCAGCCAUUGCCCAACACUGCUGUGCUCUCCGAUAAUCCCGGCGCCGUGGAUCUGUUUGCCGCCUCCAAGAGCAAAGAUUUUGGUCGUCGCAUCUACCGCAAGGUGGCCUGCGUUGAGGAGUUCUUCGAUAUCAUCUACAACGUGCACAUGGAGCUGGGCGGACGCAGUGGCAUGCAUGCGGGACAGAAACGUACCUAUCGCAUUAUAACCGAAACCUAUGCAUUUCUGCCCCGUGAAGCUGUCACGCGCUUUCUGACCAUCUGCCCCGAGUGCAAGAAGAACCUACGACCCUCCUCGCCCUCGGCUGUCUCUAAGGACGAGCUGGCUGGCAACGAGAGCUCCUCGGAAGUGGAAACCUAUUUAAAUUAUUCAUCGCAUACAGAAAGCUCUCUAGAGGCGGGUCCGACGGCCAAGCGGCGUCGCCAUUCGAGCGCUGACUUAAAAGCACAUGCACCGCUGGCCGCAGGAUCAGUUGCCAGCUGCACUAGUGCCACACAGCUGGAUGCCACAGCAGCAGCAGGAGCUCUAGCACCACAUCCACCACAUGCACCAUCCACUCCCCCAAUUGUCCCCACAACCGUUGAGGCGUCUGACGAAGCGAGUGGGGUCAGCGUGCCCAAAAUACGAGUCAACACACAAUUGCAGCGUCCGCUUAGUCCACCUACUGAGCCACAGGCUCCAAUGCCAACCAAUCCCUUACAGCUUCCGAACUUUGACUUGCAACUGCUUAAGUCGCGGGAUAAUCUUGUGCGCUAUUACGAUUUCAUGAGACGUUUCUAUGCGGGCGGCUCGCUGCUUAGCCAACCGGUCUUAGCACCGCCCCUCUACGGCAGCAGCCUGCUACAAAGCCUUAGCUUUCCAACCACCACCACGACUAGCACAAGCACAAGCACCACAGCCUCAGUCUCAGCCUCAGCUACAGCCACAGGCACAGCUACAAACAAUAAUAACAAACCAUUGUCUGUCUCGGUCGCUUCUUCUGCGCCGAGUUCCUCUCAGAAACUAAAGUCCUCCCCUGACAGUUCGACUCGUGCACGCUCACCGAUCGCUUUGACAGCCACGCCCACAGCCCCUCAAACACCUAUAAAUCUAACAAAGCCUCCAUUUUCCAGAUCCAGCAAUGGCCAGCCAGCAUCGACUUCUACUCCUGUCUCUGCUCCUCCCCUUAAGCUGGAGCUGCCCAGUCCGCCCAAGACGCUGCCAGCGGAUCUGCGCAUACCUCAGUUGCUGCUGCGCGGCUCGGCUCCCAUGGAGCAGCUGCCCGUGCCGUUGCCGCCCUUAGAUUUGGAGCGUUUGAAGCCCAUCACAUCCACCUAUCUGCAGCUGACGCGCAGCAUGGGCCUCAGCGAUGAGGAUGCCCUGCGCUUUGAUAACUUGUUUCUUUUUUCUAUGACAUGCUUGGCUUAUAAAUCUAAUGCAUCUAUCGCAAUGUAA